AUGACAAGAAAAUAUUUUGUUUCUGCUAACUGGAAGUGCAAUGGAACCCUUGAGAGCAUAAAGUCCUUAACAGAGAGUUUUAAUAAAGUGGACUUUGAUCCAAGCAAAUUAGAUGUUGUUAUAUAUCCUGUGUUCGUUCACUACGACUAUACGAGAAAACUGUUGAAAGAUAAGUUCUGCAUGGGUAUACAAAACAUUUCAAGAUAUGGUAGUGGUGCAUAUACGGGCGAAGUUAGCGCAGAAAUUGCUAAAAAUUUGAAGGUUGAUUAUGUUUUAAUUGGACAUUUUGAAAGAAGGAAAUAUUUUAAAGAAACUGAUGAAGAUGUGAGGGAAAAAUUACAACAAUGCAUAAAGCUUAACUUGAAAGCAAUUGUAUGUUUUGGAGAAUCAUUAGAACAAAGAGAAUUAGGUAAAACUAUCGAAGUGAUAACAAAACAAGUAAAAGCUUUUGUUGAUUUAAUUGAAAACUUUGAUGAUGUCAUUUUAGCUUAUGAACCUAUAUGGGCAAUAGGAACAGGAAAAACAGCAACAGCUGAACAAGCUCAGACUGUUCAUAAAGAAAUUAGACAAGUUGUAAAAGAUAUUUGUGGAGAAAAACAAUCUAAACAAAUUAGAAUUAUCUAUGGAGGUAGUGUUAACACAGAAAAUUGUGCAUCCUUAAUUAAACAAGAAGAUAUUGAUGGCUUCUUGGUUGGCAAUGCUUCUUUAAAGGAUUCCUUUGUUGAUAUUAUUAAAAGUGCCAUGUGA